AUGUUCAACUUUUUUGGUGGACUUUACAGGAAGUUAAAGAACAGCAUAUAUAGGGAUCAGUAUAAGAAGGCAUACGGUGACAUUAUUUAUAGACUGAGGAAAACAACACCACUUACGUUACAGGAUAUUGAAAACAUCCAGAAUGCGAUGUAUACUCUACAUGGUGAAAGAGACUAUGUAAGACGGAAAUUCAGGCAACUAAAGAAUGCGAUUGAAUACAGACAGAAAGUUGGUGAUACGAAAAUGAUUAAGAAUGAUGUGAGUUACGUGGUGAAUGGUGAAUUAACAAGGGGAGAGGUUGAUUCAGCAGAAGAAGAGAUGUAUUUCACUAAAAGAAAUACAGAGAAUAAGACAGGUUGUAUAGAACCAAAACACGAUAAAUCCAAGUGCAUAAAAUGUUUAGAGAAACAAAUUCGAGUUGAAUUGCAGAGAAAGAUGGAAUUGGAGAACAGGGCACAGCAGGAGAACAAGGUGAAACGAAUGAAGAAAGCCAAGGCAAGAAAUAUAAACAGAUUUACAACAUUGAAUGAGAAAUUGGGGUUGCCUACCAUAAUAGGAAAAGCAGUAGGAGAUGAAUAUUUUGAUAUGGAUGAUCUGGAUAGUGAUGAAAAGUUAGCAUAUGAAGAAUGGAACAAAAACAAGAAUAAGACACGUGUAGAAGAACCUAAAAAGGAAGAAAUUACGAAUCCGUUUGGGGAGAUCAAGGCAUCGGAAUCAUUUGGUGCUGAUUUAAGCAGAAAUGCUGCUUUUGGUAAUACAAAUAGUAAGGUGACAGAACACAAAGAACCAAAGUUAUUGGACAAGGACAAAGGUGCUAGCUCAUCAUUCAAUGGAUUUACUAAAACAACCAAGCCAACAAUGUUAGGUGAAUUAGGCAGCUCAAACAAUACAUUGACAUCAAAUGAUUUUGGUGGAACCAAUAAUCCAUUCUCAUUAACAUCAGGUAGUUUUGGUAAAGCUGAUAAAUCAACAACAAAGUCAACAACAGGUGGUUUCAAUAACAAAAAUCCAUUUGGUAAUCCAAUGCUAGCAGAUGAAAACAAUUCCAUACAAACAACGGUGUCUGAGAAACCAAAAGAAUCCAACACCAACACUACAGAAAAGAGCGAACUGAAAAACAAUCCAUUUGGAAAUCAACAAUCAAGUGCUACCACAAGUAACAAGUUUACGUUAGUUGAUGAUGAAAAGAAGAGUGAAACAGAACCAAAUAAAACAGAAAGCAUAUUCAACAAUAAGACAGUUGAAUCAGGCACUGAUAAAAACGGCAUUUUUGGAUUCAUGAAAUCGGAUAACAAGUCAACGAGCAACACUCCUGGAUUUGGUGCAGCAACCACAAAUCCAUUUAAUUCAACAACCACAAAUCCAUUUAAUUCAACAAGUAACGAGCUACCUGAAAAAAGCACCAGUCUGUUUGACACCACUGAUAAAAACACAUUUGGAUUUAGUUCCCAACCAACUAAAAGAAAAGUGACUGAAAUUAAUCCACCUACCAACUUCAGUAACCAGAAUCCAUUUCAACAAAGUGAGACCGCAACCAACAAAACACCCCAAUCAUCCCAAAAUGCCCUAGUUAAUAACCCAUUUGACAUCAACAACAUGCAACCAGCACCAGAGAAUGCGCCUAGCAGUUUCAUUGGCUUUGGUGAGAACAACCCGUUUAUGAAUCCAAAGGACACGGACGACACGAGCAAUGCGUCAUUUACAGGCAGAAAACGUGCCAGAAGGAGAAAAUAA